UGCUGUCACUAUAAAUGGUUGUAUUUAUUUUGUGUUUGUUGCUUUAACAGAAGUUUACCAACAAUGAAUGCUUAACAAUCUGCAACAAAUUCUCUUUCAAAAUAAAAGAUUUUCAGAAAAAGUCUCACAUUUAUUAACUUUAAAUUUGCAAGAUUUUGGGGAGAAAUUAAGCACAAAAUGUCAACAACUACUAACCAGCUUAUUACAACCAAGAACAAUAACAAAAGAUUUUUCCUUCCGUGUAAAAGCACUGCUCUUCUCAUGGAAAUUUGUGAAGACAAUGAAAAAAAUGUCCAAAGCUGGCACAGAAGUGAAGCACAUUUGUUCGACGUAGACAUGACAUGAGCUUGGUCUUCACUGCUUCUCUGUUUGGCUGGCCCUGUCUCAACCAGUCCACCACUUCCACCCUGUUUCAUUACUCUCCAUCCUGCUAUACUAGUUGCCCAGCCAAGGAUCUUCUCUGCUGGUCUUGGAGAUGAAGGCUAUCCUUCUGGCCAUUUCCAUGUUGUAGAUCCGCUUGCAGUUCUCAAAGCUCUUUCGCUGUCGUUGUUUGCAGGGCUUCUCAAAAUACCGUUUGCGCUUAACUGCGUCAGUGAUCCCAUCCUGAGUCAGGACCCUGUAAUAAGAAGAGAAAACUUCUGAAUGACUGAGACCGUUUUUAAAAUUCAGAAACCCUGAUCAGGAAGUUAAAAUGGAGACUGUCUACUUCUUCAUGGAGGGGCAGACAGUCUCAACUUCUGAAGCUUUGAUAGAAAAAAAAACAUAUAUAAAUCUCUUUAAAGGAUAUAACAUAUUGCAAGUUCUAGCCUGGUAAAUUCGUACACAAUUGAAGAAAUAAAAGGAUGCAUGUUUUUGCCUAUCAGAAGUUUAAGGGAUAUUCUGGCGUAAAAUGAAUUUAGGGUCAAACACACCGUAACACAGAGUUAGACACCCCCUCGAGAGAUGAAUGUUGCCGACCACUUGCUUCUCUAGUUACACCAACUUUAGUAACGACCGCACGAUAGCAAUACACAGCGGUCUAAGGAGCCACACACAAAUCUGAACCAAAACACCACUCUAUAGCCACAAAUAAUGCUCAGAACAGCACCUGACUUCAGCAACAGUACAUAUUGAGUCCUAGCCAUAGUACUAGCCACCAAACAUCUUUUUAACUUUGCCUGACUUCUUUAGGAGAGAGACUAAACACAACUCACCUACACUAUUCCAGCAGCCGCUUGUUUGUAGUGAGACCUCAGGCCAGUCCAUUACCAACUGCUGCAGGGUGAGGCAGCUCAAGGAAGAUCAUUUAUGAUCAUUACUUUAUCAUUUCCUUUAAGCAAUAAUCACCAUAUUUAUCAUUUUGCACUGCAGACAAUGUAGUUCUUCAGCCUUAGCGUCUGGUCUGAUUGCAUUUCCAUGAGGGAAUGAUCAUAAAUGUUCUUUCUUGAGCUGCGGCACCCCCGCAGCAGUCUGUAAUGGACUGGCCUGAGGUCUCGCUACAAACAAGUAGCUGCUGGAGGACAGUAGUUGAGCAGUUUAGUCCCUUUGUUAAAGAAAUCAGGUAAAGUUAAAAAGAUGUUUGGUGGCUAGUGCUAUGGCUAGGACCCGAUAUGAACUGUUGAUGAAGUUAGGUGCUCCUCUGAGCAUUAUUUGUGGCUAUAGAGUGGUGUUUUGGUUGAGGUUUGUUUAUGGAUCCUCAGCCCGUGUGGUUGUUACUAAAGUUGGUAUAACUAGCGAAGCAAGCGGUCGGCAACAUUCAUCUCUCGAGGGGGUUUCUAACUCGGUGUUACGGUGUGUUUGACCCUAACUUAAAUUUACUCCGGAAUAUCCCUUUAAUGCCAGCAAGACACUUUGACAAAUAGGCUUCCAGAAACCCUAUAUUAAAAAAUAAUCAAAUAAAAAAAGACAAAUUAUUUCUAGGAUGUCUUCAUUUAGAAAAAACACACACGUUUUCAGGUCUAAUGUUAUCGUUAAGGUCACUUAAAUUUGCCGUUUAGUUUCUAGCCUCAAGAAGGAACGCCACUGCGCAGCCGCAGCUCUGUGACAUUGAGCGGAAGGCUAACGUAAACUCAGCCGAUACUGGCCUUUUGGUCACUAAAUAAGGACGCUUUUAGCCUUUAUUUUCUUUUAGAUGUGUGCCUUUACCUGUUUAGGGUCUUAUACGCCGCAUCUACGUUGCCAUCCUGGACCAUCACCGUCCGGGCGAGGAAGCGAAGGUGCCUCGACAUGAUGACUUCGGUGCUCGCUCCUGAACUAUCCGUCGGGAAACAGUCAACUGUGAAAGGUUCCUAUGGCGAAGGUAAUUCGCUAACUCAACGCUAGGCGACGCUUUUGUGCAUUCAUAAAUUAUUCCCAUGAGUUGUCUGAGGGAUUAAAUUCGAGAUCCAUUAGAAAGACUUAAAAAUGUAUACUGAUUUCCUGCUUUCUGUAUAGGCUAUGUGAUAUUCUUAUUGUUUACCUUUGCAUGCUACUUUGCACAGUAGAGGCUGUAUGUGGAAAGAGUCAUGAGACGUUACCCCCUACUAGAUGAUAAGUCAAGAACAUGAAAUAGACAAGUCUAAGUUUCUGCACAACAGCAGCAGCAAGUUUCAUAGUUUAAAGAGAGGGGGGAAAAAAGCCUGUAGGGCCAUCACAGAUUUAUGAAACCACACUCGUUGUCAUAACAACAGAGACAGUGGUGUCCAGUGUUGUGUUUUCAUCAGGUCCAUUCUCUUCUUCUUAUUCCUGAGCUGCAGCUGUCCCCUGCAUGCCUCUGUCUGAGGUCAGUCAGCGGUGAACAGCGGAGUGGACGGUUUGUCUAAUUUACAUUUAAAAGUGCUUUUCUAUUAGCUUUCUCUGAAAAAAAAGGGUGGAAAAGAUCAGAUGGGGUUUAUUCCCAUGUUGCUGUAACCCUAUAACGUACAGUAGCUGCAUGGUGCCACAGGGAGGAAUGCUGAGACAACCAGCGCAGAUAACAUCAUGACUCCUUUUGUUUGGUGAAUGCACUGCAUCAUGUUUCCAGAGGCUUCUCUUCUGAUCCAGACCUGAUGAAAUAAUCUUGGCAGUGUCUGAGCUCGGUGUAUGUCCACGUGGGAGAAUCAAUGGGAGAAAAGAACAAACAGAGAGAGAGAGAGAGAGAGAGAGAGAGAGAGAGAGAGAGAGAGAGAGACUACACUAUAAAAAAUAAAUAUUUUGCACUACUAUGGGUCUUUGACAAGAAGUUCAACUUGUAACACUGUUUAGGAGAUAAAGAAAAAUAGACCUAUCAUGUUAACUUCAUUAACUUGAGCUUGUUUUUUCUAGUGGAGAUAUUUGGGCCUGAACUGGCACCACUGUAUUUUAGGUAACCAUUCAUUCAGCUGACCCUUGCAAAAAAAAAAAAAAAAAAAGUAUUGGAAAUAUAUAUAUACUACUACUACUACUACUACUACUACUACUAUUAUUAUUAAUAGUAGUAAUCAUAAUCAUAAUAACAAUAAUAAUAAUAAUAACAACAACAACAACAACAACAACAACAACAACAACAACAACAACAAUAACAGUAAUAAUAAUAAUAAUAGUAAUUAUUAUUAUUAUUAUUAUUAUUAUUAUUAUUAUUAUCAUCACAAAGUGCUUCAUAGUUUCAGCAGGUUUCUUGUAUAAGCUGGAGCUUUUCCAUGCAAAGUACUCUACACAAUCACAAGUAAUUUAAAUUGGAUUUUGAAUUGAACAGGGAGCCUGUGUAAAAACUUAAGGAUGGGUGUGACAUGUCAUCUCUGCUCAUAAAUACAGUAAUUUGUGGAUUUGUGAUAACAUAACUCCUAUAGGGUGAACAAAGGCCCAAUUCAUUCAUUGAUUUGAUUUGAUUUGAUUUGAUUUGAAUUCAGGUGUGGAAUUUUAUUCUAUUACAGGAUCUACUCUUGCAUUCCGUCACUGUUGACACUGUUUACAUCUCUGUGGAGAUAAACAGUUUCUUAUUUCCCAGCUUAUUUACACAAUACUACAGCGCCCAAAAGACAUAACCUGAGAGUCUUCGACCCUAGGGAAGGGAGAUGACAAGAUAAGUGUUUGGUAAAUGAAACUGUUGAAAAAUUCAUGAGACUUUUGACUGUGAUGACUUUGGUAAAUCAAUUUUAAAGCUCCUUUGAGGAUUUUUUUUUUUUUUUUUACCUUAAAGGGAUAUUCCGGCAUAAAAUUAAUUUAGGGUCAAUCAUUUCUUCAUGGAAAUGCAAUCAGACCAAGACGCUAAGGCAGAAGAACUACCACGUCUGCAGUGCAAAAUGAUUAAUAUGGUGAUUAUUACUUCAAGGAAAUGAUAAAGAAAUGAUCAUAAAUGUUCUUCCUUUAGCUGCGUCACCCCGCUGCAGUCGGUAAUGGACUCGUCUGAGGUCUCUGUACAAACAAGCGGCUGCUGGAAGAGAGUAGGUGAGUUGUGUUUAGUCUCUUUGCUAAAGAAAUCAGGCAAAGUUAAAAAGAUGUUUGGUGGCUAGUGCUGUGGCUGGGACCCUAUAUGUACUGUUGAUGAAGUUAUGUGCUGUUCUGAGCAUUAUUUGUGGCUGUAGAGUGGUGUUUUGGUUGAGGUUUGUCUGUGGCUCCUGAGACCACUGUGUAUUGCUAUCCUGCGUUCGUUACUAAAGUUGGUAUAACUAGAGAAGCAAGCAGUCGGCAACAUUCAUCUCUGGAGGGGGUGUCUUACUCUGUGUUAUGGUGUAUUUGCCCUUAAAGUAAUUUUACGCCAGAAUAUCCCUUUAAUGACAUGGACUGAAAUUUACAUCAAUGCCUUUUUAUGACAAACAAAGGCAAACUAGACCACCAGUGACAACAUAGAUGAUUGUUAUUUUGUAAGUUUUAAUGCCUGAAACUGAUGUGAGGGGGUAGGUGUCAGCAGCGUAGAUGUUGUUACACAAACAUUUUUACAAUGAAUAACACACACAGGAUGGAAUUUUUGCAAGAGGACACUACUUAAGUAUGUGGAGGACUAGAAAAAGGAAAGGAAUGCUGGGUCUACAAGGCAGAACCAACAUUUAUACAAACUUAAAGUUCAUCACAGGAGCUUUAACUGUUGACUUAAAGUGAUAAUGCCUCUUCCAAGACCCCCCUGCUCCAGUCUGGUGAUGAACAUUAUCACUCUUAAAUCUGAUCUCACAUUCCACAUCAAGAAAUACUCUCAAAUGGCCUCAGGUGGGAUUUUUUUUCUUUCCUCUUUUUCUUUCCUUUUCUUUGGUUCAAAUGUCUGAUUUAUUCCUUUUCCUUCAUGCCUAAAAACAGGCUCACCUGUUCUUUUGGACUUCUUGUCAAAUAUCUGGUUGGCUCUAAUAUGUAAUCAGCCAAAAAGAAAAUCAAUUAGCACUUUUCAGAAGUAUCAUCAACAUCAAAGCUCUGACUGGAAGCCCAUUUUCCAGCUCGUAUCUAAAUCUUUCACCAAGCUGACAGAGGUGGAGGCGCACAAUCAGAGGGAAAGUCCCUCCCUUUAAGCAGCCUCUGGAUUGGCUGGACUCUCAUCAGGUCCGGGCGAACUGUCAGCCAAUCAGCAGAGGCACUGAUGCUGGCAGAGGAGACAGCUUCACAACCCUAAUGCUGAAGGAGUCAGAUACUCAGUCAAGAACCGGAGACACUGUCAUAGAAAAACUCUCGAUAACUCAAAAUUAUAAUCUCUGCAAGUUUCAGCAGCAAGAUGGAGAGGAAAAUCCCAGAUUUCUCUGGAAAGUGGGCGAUGAAGUCUUCGGAAAAUUUUGAGGAACUCUUGAAAGCACUUGGUGAGUAAUGCUGCAUGCAUGCAAAGAAAAAUGAUCUCACUGAAAAGAAAAAGAAAAGAAGCCUCUUUUCAUUGUGCUUUGAAAGUUGCAGUUCUGCACCUUAUUUUUCCAAACUUUGGAUAGAAUUGAUUGCAAUGAAUAAAACUUAAAUCACAUUGUAACUUUGUAGAUAAUUGAUCAGCUUUUACAACUUAAAUCAGACACAGACAUCACUGUACAAUGCAAAAUAUGCAGCAUGAGUGAAAUGGAGAAAUGUAGAUAUGUGCAAGUUGAUGAUUGAGUGCAAGUAUUUACCAUUAUAUACAGUAUAUUGUAAAGAAACAAUAUGAUAUGCACAGACAAAACUUAACUUCACUGUCAAUGUAGUGCAAAGUCUCAACAUUAAUUAAAAGUUAGAAUAAAGGAACGAUGGGGGGAGCAUAAGCUGCAAAGACCUGUCAAUCAUGUCAGCUGCAUUAUCAGCUGGAAAUCCACUUGGCUCAGAGGUCAACUGCUGAACCAAAGAGGUCUGAAGUGGCUCUCUGUGGUUGAAUCGGUCUGCUCUUGCCCCAUUUGUCUAUGUUCCUGGGGAAAAAGGUCUUGUGAAGCUGUAAGAGGUUGUAUAAGCGAGAGGGCAGGAAAGAGGGAGGUCAGGUGAGGGGCAGCCAGUGGCAUCCAUAAAAAAUCUGAAGACAAAUAGCCUGUGGAGGAAUGUUAGAUUAGACUCAUCUGAAGCAAGGUCCUCCUCAUGCGGUUGUAAUUAGAGCCAGUGUAAACGGAACUAAGCCUUGACAUGGGCCCCAGCAGACAGCCAGCUCUGGGGCUGACUUUCCUCCACUUCCCUGGGCCUCUUCAACCCAGUCUAUGGCCCUGUGUGUGUGUGUGUGUGUGUGUGUGUGUGUGUGUGUGUGUGUGUGUGUGUGUGUGUGUGUGUGUGUGUGUGUGUGUGUGUGUGUGUGUGUGUGUGUGUGUUGCCUCCACCAGUAAGACUUCAUGAGCAAAUAAGGUCUGAGCUAAAUCCUAUUUGAGGGUGGUCUUGAUCUUAUUGAGCUUACCAAUCGUUCCUGAAUUAAGGGCAAAAACUAAAAGGUCAAUGGGCAGUUCUCACUUGUUCUCCAUUCAUCAAGCAUCACAUCCCUAAUCAUCUAUCAAACAAAAGUUGAUUGAAGCAGUUAGUUCUUUGAAUCUCAGUGUACUUUACACACCAUUACACUUUCUCUUUUGUUUAAAACCUGUAAUUUUACAUUUAUGUUCAGGGUUUAUUAUCGGGUAGCCAAUCAAAUAACGACAAAUGGUAAAAAAUGAUGCUCAGACUCAGAAUAAAGAUGCCAAAAACUACAAAAAACAAAAUAGAGACAAAACAAGAUAUAACUGACACUUUGAAAGACCUUCAAAGAAACACCACAGAUGCAGAAAAUACAGAAAGACUACAAGAGAAACUUGUACAGAUGCAAAGCAAUAAAAAAACAACAACGCUAUUUUGACCAUAAAGAGCAGUUAAAUUCAAACUUAGGUGCAAAGUCCAAUAACCAAACAAAGAUACAAAAAUGCUAAUCAAUGACAGAGCUACAAAAAACUAUAAUAAUAGACUCCAGACAUGUGCACAAAGACAUAGAAAACUAAAACAGAGUACCCAACAAAUAACAGAUGAGGAGGAUGUGAUGUAGGGAGGAUCCAACAAAUAAGUUAGAUCUAUGCCUUCAGAAAACACAUGUAACUGUGUCUACAUGUGUCAUUUUCAAGCGAGGAUUUCAUAGCCGGUCAAAAAGUUCACAAGAGCUCUAAGUUGAGUUGAUCAUGACUGAAUCUUUACUUUUGAGUAACAACAGUAUGUGUCGAAUAACAAUAAUUUGUGGUUACAAAGAUCAUUCCAGUGGUUUUGUGUGUUGAAACCCGCUAUGUACAAAUCGCAAAAGUCUCUCUUUCUGGAGCUGUGUCCUCGCUGUCUUAAUACAAAAAUAUCUCAGUGUGCAAAGACACAAAGCAAACAAAACAAAGUUGUUCCUUUUUAAUCCGGUGAUGUUUUAUUUGUAUGUUUAAAGGCGUGAAUGUAUUCCUGAGGAAGAUUGCAGUCACAGCAGCUUCCAGCCCAGCAGUGGAAAUCACCCAACAGGGCGAGAGUCUGUCCAUCAAGACGUCCACAAGCGUCCGCACCACCCAUGUCUCCUUCACUGUGGGUCAGUCCUUCAAUGAGGCCACAGUGGAUGGACGUCCCUGCACGGUACACUCUCCAUAAUACAUUCCUGUAUAAUGAUAAUACAUGCAUACUGGCGUUUGACCAGGGACAGAGUAAUGAGCCAGAGUUCUGUAGAGACAUAUGGAAAUAAUUGCUGUGACUCUCCAGAGUCAGGUCUGGAUCAGUUCUUCAUUUAUUCACGUUGAGUGAGUGAUGAAGAACAUCACUUCUGACAGGUCCAAAAAGUGAUCCUGACUCGGAGUAAUCACCACAAAGAGCUCCAGUUUUGAAGAAGCCCAAACAUUUCUCUAACUUAGCCAUAUUCAGCACACUUGACUGCUGUGAGUUAUGUGUAUAUGUGUGAUCUCUGCAGAGUGUUCCAAAGUGGGAAACAGACAGCAAGAUCAGCUGUGAACAGACUGUGCAGAAAGGAGAUGGACCCAAGACGUCGUGGACCCGAGAGCUGACAAAUGAUGGAGAACUGAUACUGGUAAUGAAAUUGUGAAGAACAGCAACAAUAAACUUUACACGGAGAGUUCAACAGAUACAGAAACAAACUGAAAAUAAAACGAUUGACUUGUUUCAGAGCAAGACCAAGAAGACCAAGAAGCAACAUAGUAGUAAUCGUAACUCAACAUCCUUUUUGGAGUUUAGUGUCACAAGCUAGCAUUAUGAGGAUAUAUUUAAAGCUCCUGUAAGGAGUUUUUUGAUGUUCAUGAAAUAGACUUAAAACCACAAUGUUGCCUUUUUAUGAAAUACAAAAGCAAGCAGGACCAUAAGAGACAAGAGCAACAACUUUUAUACUCUUAUUUUUCAUGCCUCAAACCGGUGUAAGGGGGUAGGUGUCAGCCGAGCACAGAAAGAAACCGCUCUGUUUUUACAAUUUCCACAGAAAAUACUCACAAUGAAUCAAACAUCUGACUGACAGUGGAAUUGUUUUAUCAAGAGACUCUAGUGAGCGUAAAGAGGACGAGAUAAGCAAAAAUCACUUGGUCUCUUGGGGGGAGAUCUGAGUCUUAUCAUUGUUUCACACAUGCAGUAAACUCCCGAAAAGUUGAAGGAAUUUUUGAGGGUUGUUGCAUGUGUGAAUGCAAAUGGCAGAAUUUUUCACACUGACUUUACCCUCUGGGUAACAUUUGCACAAAAAGUUGGGGUGAUGUGUAAACACCUAAUAGGGGUCUGUGAGAGGUUGUCAUACAGACAAUUAGACUCAUUUGCUGUUUUCUCAAUGAACCUCUAAAAGAAGUGGAACCAAUUGUUAAAAUUCUUUCCUUGUUGCUGUUUUCUCACAGACCAUGACUGCCGGGGAUGUUGUCUGCACCAGAGUUUACAGGAGGGAGUGAGGAAAUUUCCUUCAGUCCGUCCCGCAGCCCUCCUGUUUUGUGCCUCUUGGAUGGUUUACAUUACUCGCCUUUGUUUCCUUCAGUCAAAUUUUGGUCAGAUGUAGCUCGCA